GUAUGUUGCGCUCUUGCGGCAUCAUUGGUUGCACCAGAGCGGCCGACUGAAGCUGGUCCUGUCCGCCGAUGGCUAACGAGAGGCUCCGGGCUCUGGAGGAGGUGGAGAAGGAGAUAGCGAUGGUUCUGCAGUGCGCGGGUAACAUAGUCCUGGAACUCUCCAAAGACAAGCAUAACGGCAGCCACCUGGACAGACAGCUGGUCCAGUUCCAGAGCUCCGUCGGCCGAGUGGAGAACGAACUGAGCUCCCAGAUCCGCUACCUGACUCAGGUAGCCACUGGCCAACCCCACGAAGGCUCCACAUAUUCGGCCAGGAAAGACUGUCAGAUGGCGCUGAACAGGGCAGAAUACACCAAAGUCAAACUGGGGGAGUUGGGACGGACCUGCGAAGUCAUGCUGGAGCAGCAGCAACUGCAGCAGCAGCAGCAGCAACAGCAGCAGCAGCAGCAACCAUCACAACAGCAGCAGACAUGAGAGCAGAGUGUACAAAUAGUCGGUGGAGUAGUGACCACUGGGCAUAACAUUUCGGUCUGACGCAUGAGGCGAGUGUAAGCCCUUAUUUCCCUUCACCAGAAUUCUCAUUUUUACAGAUCCCUUUUGUUUGGAGUACAAGCAGAUAAAUAACAAAAAAACCAACAAAGGAAGAAAGGAUUCAUCCAAUAACUUGCAUUUUUUGGAUGUAAAUGUGUUUUGUACUUUUGGGUAUAUUUGGUUGUUGGGUUUUCCUUUUGUCAGGCCACACAUUAAGACACGGCCGCUAGGAACUGUGAAUAGAUAUUUUUUUACCUCUGUUCACCUUUGGUUUAACAGCUGGCAAUGUUUGCUUUUGCAAACAAGCAAUGUUUUGUAUGAAAUAAAAAGAAUAAACACAAGGUAUUUGGA